AUGCAGCCAGCUCCUGAUUACGCUGCUGCAAAAGCAUUCCUUCACGAUCAGGCUCAAGAUAUAGGCCUCGACUUUCAAUCCCUCGAUUGCGUCAAGGGAAAGCCCAUCUGCAUCCUCACUUGGAUUGGCAAAGAUCCAUCACUUCCAACCAUCAUGCUAAAUUCACACAUUGAUGUGGUUCCCGUGUUUCCAGAGUCGUGGAACUACCCACCGUUUGCGGCUGAAAAGACUGCUAAUGGUAACAUAUACGCUCGUGGUGCACAGGAUAUGAAGUGUGUGGGAUCAGGGUAUCUGGAAGGCAUUCGUGUGUUAAAGGCAAAUGGGAAACAGCCGCUGAGGACUAUACAUGCUGUCUUUGUGCCUGACGAGGAGAUUGGAGGGGUCGACGGAAUGAAGCUCUUUGUCAAGACAGACCUCUUCAAGAGCUUGAAUUUGGGGUUUGCUCUGGACGAAGGUAUGGCAAGCCCGAAUGAUACAUAUAGAGUGUUUUACGGAGAGAGGUGUCCGUGGUGGGUUAAGGUGAUUGCCAAAGGCCCUCCGUCACACGGUAGCUUGUUUGUAAAGGACGGCGCUACUGAAAAGCUGAUGAAAGUCAUACAGAAAUUUAUGGCCUACAGAACUGCCGAAGAGCAGAAACUUCAUAUCGGGCGAACGGAAUCAGGACAACCACUCAAAGUCGGCGAUGUCACGACAAUCAACUUGACUAUGCUGAACGCUGGUAUACAAUUCAACAUAGUGCCUCAAGAAGCAACGGCAGGAUUUGAUAUCCGCGUUUCCCCUCAGGUUGAUUUGAAAGCAUUCCACGCCAUGCUUGAAGGAUGGUGUACUUCAGAAGGUUGCACAAUGGAAUUCGUAAACUCUUUCUGGUGUAAUGCUGUCUCGUCCACCGACGAAUCCGAUCCAUAUUGGCAUGCUCUAUCAACUGUAUUCCAAGCGAGAAAGAUCACUAUUGAGAAGGAGAUUUUUCCUGCUGCUACUGACUCGAGAUACAUCCGCGAAGUCGGAAUACCAGCUAUAGGCGUCUCACCCAUCCGAAACACGCCAGUCCUGUUACACGAUCACGACGAGUACCUUAACGAAAAGACAUUCAUGGAAGGCGUAUCAUUCUAUGUAGACGCUAUAGAUGCUUUGGCUAACAUUCCAGCUCCACCUGGCUUACCAAACGGCAGCAAGAAACGUAAAUCAUAA